AUGGCUGACAAGGAUCAACCAAGUGAAUUGAGCGCGGAUCGUCGUACCGAGUAUGAAGAAGCAUUUAUUCUAUUCGAUAAAGAUUGUGAUGGUUUAAUUAAUUGUUCUGAACUGCCGUUCUUGUUACGAAGUCUGGGCCAAUUUAUCACGGACAAGGACGUUUCUGGCCUUCUCCGAGAAGCAAAUCUUGAUCCACGUGGAAAGUUUACAUCAUUAGAUUUUAUCAAUUUGAUGGAGCGACGCGCUCUGGCGUCCGGCAGCGAUACAUUCGGCAGCGAACAAGAUGUUCGAGAUGCCUUUCGUUUAGUAUUCGAUCCGAAAGGAACAGGUGUAGUUGCUGUCGAUGAGGUUAUGAAUCUUUUACAAGUGUUUGGUGAUGGUGGACAAUUGUCACAGCAACAAAUAUGGGAAUUGUUAGGAACAGCCGAUCGACAGAAUACGGGAAAGAUUAACUACGAAGAACUUAUCAAGGCAUUAACUUCGAGUUAA